GCAGCAGAAACAUCGCAGACCGGCUGAAAAUGUUGUGCCGCUGCAAAAAGUAGGCUGCUCUUCCGCCCUCUUCCGCUCCUGUUCUCUCUCUCUCGCAAUCAACUCAGUUUCUCCGUGUCUUGUCUGGCCCCGCAAUAUCCUUUCUAAACAAUGCAUUCCGAUGAAGACCAGGAAAAGUGGACAGCCAGCACUUCCGCCCCGGCCGACUCCCAGCAACGGGCCCGUCGCAGAUCCGUGGCCAGCGGCGACCGCGUCCCCAGAGCCUGUGACAAUUGCUCAAAGUCAAAGUCAAAGUGCCUCCUGAAGCCAGAGUCCUCCUCCUGCGAGAACUGCAACUUCCUCAACGUCCCAUGCACCUUUGCCCGUGAAGUCAGAAAACGGGGGCCACCAAAGGGCUACGCCCUCGCACUCGAAAACAGGCUCUCGUCUCUCGAGGAUCUCAUGGGCGAGCUUAGAGGCGACCGGGGGAGCGUCCCCGCCCCCCACCGGGCUAAAAAACGCGCUCUCUCUACCGACGAUACCUCCAGUGAAUCCAUCUCAAACCACAGCAUCACUCCCCCCACUUCCAAUGUCGCUACCUCAACUACCACCACCGCAACAACAACGUUUGCUUCUGCGCCUGAUCUAGCAUCUACCCCUUCAGAAAAUCAAAAGACAAUCGUCGGCCACCUAUCAAUCGACGAGAACCUGACCAUGCGCUAUCAUGGACCUACCUCCGGUCUCCACCUCAUGACCUUCUCAAAGAUCUACUCGAGUCCAUUCUGGCACUUUCCGAAUCCCGGAUUCUGGCCGAGAACCAAAAAGAUGAUUGUCCGCACCGAGGAAGAAAUCGUCAAGGCUGCUGAUGAAACAAUGGGUGGUGUACUGCCGAAUCUGGAAAUGCAAGACAAACUACUAGAUGCCUACUGGACAAACAUCCAUCCAUGCUUCCCCGUCAUACACAAAUCGUUCUUCCUCUCGCAACUCGCCAACGAUCGACUUGGUCUAGCACGGUCCGGUACAUCCGCUCUCGAACAAAUCAAGCGACGGAUACCCCAAGUAUUUUUACUCUCUAUAUUCGCCCUUGCGGCUCGAUUUGUCGAGCAUGAUUCGGAUCCAGAGACAGGCUACAGCGACCCGGGCGACCCAUAUGCUUCCAAAGCCGAGUAUCUGCUCGCACAGCAUAAGCAGAGCUCAAUCAACAUCUGCAUGGCAUCUCUGCUCAUGGGCUAUCGUGAACUUGGAACCGGCGGCUCGAUAAGCUGGACCUACAUUGGAAACGCAGUACGAAUGGCCCAGGAUCUGGGUCUGCAUCGGGACCCGUCUGUCUGGAAAACUAUCCUGCCGUUUACAAACAUGAGCGAUGAUGAGAUGCAGAUCCGCAGACUAGUCUGGUGGGGUGUCUAUACUGCUGACCAGUACAUCUCUGCCUGGCAAGGACGGCCGUGUGGGAUCCACAAGUCCGAUUUCGACACCGAGCUUCCAAAAGAGUGGCCGGUAGACGACGAAUCAGCAAAGUGUUUUCUUAACGUCAUCAAGUUGUCACAAAUUCAAAAUGAUAUUCACCAAGCCUUCUAUGCCGUAUCAUGUCCCGAUACUGACGAGGGAGAGCGUCUGACCGUGCUGGACCGCCGGCUAUCUGAAUGGGAGCAUGAGCUUCCCGAUCAACUCAAGAUAAUGGGUGACCCAGACAAGAAGAUCUCUGUCCCCGUCGCAUCUAUGCACGCUCAAUUCUGGACGUGCAAGAUUCUUCUGCAUCGUCCGUUUGUCAAACCGACUAAAGGAAUGGAGAUCAGCUCGUCUCACCUGGUUGCUACCUCGGCCGCGAUCGCAAUCUCAAACAUUGCACACAAGGUCUGCUCAGACCACGGCUCGAGACCGUCGACUCCGUUCAUGAACUACUACUGCUUUACGGCAACGAUCAUGCACAUCUUCAAUCGCCGAAAUUUCCCGUUGCUGUUCUCUGAACUAUCGCUGACUCAGUGUGCGAAUGAUUUAAAGUCUAUGGCAACAGUAUGGCCGUCAGCGCGACGAACUCUUCAGAUCAUCUUCAACAUGGGUCAGGCUACUUCAGCAGGUUUCGGCGCUGCAACGCAAAAUUCGGAAACCAACAAAACCAACACGACUACGGAAAACGGCAAGACAAACUAUAGCACAACCACUCCGCUAGCAAGCAGCACCAACGAAGCGACAAUCGGCACAGAAGGAGCAAGUGCUCAGACUUACGGCCAAGGGGCGAUGUUUGAAAAUCUGGGGUUCUCAGCCGAGCAGGCUGCCGAAACGAUAAAAAAUCUGAUGGGCGAGGAGUUUUCUGGGUUGCCGGACCUCUGGGAUUUCACCGCUGAUCUUGCGUAUCCGUUCGAUGAGACAAAGCCAUUUAAUUAUUCGUCGGGGUUUUAGUAAUCACAAUAUGUUUUUCAAUGUGCUGUAUAGCAGAUUUAUAGAGUAGAUAGAGGGUAUAGAGGUGGGGUUGAAUGAAUGAAUUGAAUGAAGUAUGAUAGAUGAUAA